UGCCUGUUGCUCCCCUGGCUGAAAAGUGCAUGGGCGGAACGGCAAUUUCAACACCGACUAAUAAAGCGUAGCCAUGAUAAACCCCUGCAAGUAGCUUUGGCUUUUCUCUCAAAAUACCCGUCAACAUAUGGGGGGAAAUACAGUUUAACGCGGAUAUAUAUGUGGUAUGGAGUUUUCUGAACCAACCUGCUCCUCUGAAGAAGAAAUAUCCAAUUCCAUCAGCUGGGUCGAAAUGCAGAGAUCCAAAAGCCCUUUCAUCGCCACUGUCAAUGCAGUCGCGUCGCGGCAGGAGCUGCGGUGGAUCAUCGAGCCGGUGAUGCAGAGUGAGAGCCUGGACCACAGCAAAGGAGAUGCACAGCUCAGUCCGGAUGAAGAGGAAAAGAGAAGACGGAGAAGAGAGCGAAACAAGAUGGCUGCUGCCAAAUGCCGCAACCGCAGAAAAGAGCUUACUGACCUUCUUCAGGAGGAGAGCGAGCGGCUGUAUAUGGAGCAGGUCGGGCUGCAGAAGCAGGUGAGCUGCCUGCAACAGGAGAAAGAGCAGCUGAAAAUGCUGCUAGCGUCGCAUGCGUCCAUCUGCACACUGGAAAAUCCUCUUUCCUUAGACAACUUUCAGUUGAAAGACAUCUUACCAUCCAGAACUGCAGUCACAAUAAAACAGGAGCCUCUGGAUGGCAUAAGUACGUCGAGACAUUUUGGACUCGAGCAAGCAGUGGAACUGACCGAGGAAGGCCCUGAUUUACACUAAAGGCUGGUUUAUACUUCAGCGUCGAGUGAUCGCCAUGACCCACGGUGCAUGACUUGAGCGUAGUCGUGCAUUUAUACUUCUGCUUUCUUUUUGUACUGCAAUAACACUUCCGAAACACUAGCUGGCAGCAGGUUUUUAUGUUGCUCUGAGUUUCUUCACGGGUGUUUUUUCUGAACGCUACCAGUUACAAGUAGCUAAAUCUCGCUCAUUCUGACGUGGGAACCGGCGGACGUGCAACAACUGUAAUCAUUUGGUAAACACAAAAUAAGAGUUUCCAAAUGGAGUCCCUUCUAGGGACUCGACACUUGUAAACACUCGAUCCAAUGGGUUCGUGCAGCUCCACACACAUCAGUGCUACCAAGCUGACCAAUCACAGAGCUUGUGCUACGCGUCUCACAAUGUG